CUGGCAAGCGGGACCUGACCGCGACGGUGGUGGGCGCCUCCUCAAAGUCCCCUUCAGAGUCUUCACUUUCCUGUUUUCUGUACUUCCUGAAUCACUGCUUUGCUCCUUGUCUCCUCCCGUCAUCUAAGCUCAGCAAACACGUCGGUGACGCGCUCCUCGGGGACACCGCCUGGACGCGUCCGACAAUAACAAGACGAACUCAUUCACGGACGGGAAUCGUGACUUUCAGAACAAAUCAUCCUCACGAGCGACAUUAUGGCGGACCCCCUCAACAUGCUGCAGGCCGCCCUGACCGCGGAGGCCAACUCGCCCGCGCAGGCGGACAUCCUCAUCCAGCUUCGGACCUCGCUCGAGGCGGCCCCCGCGCCGAUCCCGAUCCUCGUCUCCACGCUCAUCAGCAAUGUGUCGGGCUGGGGGGACAGCCUGCUCCGGACGUGGGUGGUGGACCUCCUGUGCUUUGGGAUCUGCACGCCGAGUUUGCAUGUGGAUCAGCGGACGCAGUUGGCGCUCUCGACUCUGUCGACGCUCUCGCAGCUGUUGGACGAUGCGUCGCCGGCGAUUGUGAAGGUGGCGAUUCAGGCGCUGACGGGCGCGUACCCGCUGGUGUUCAGGCAAUUAUGCAUAACCCGGUCCAACCCCGCCGCAUGGGAGACCAUGACCUCCGCCAAGUCCCGCAUCCUCGAUAUCGUCCGCACUCCCGAAGGCAUCCUCCCGUCUGGAGUGCGCCUCGCUGCGAUCAAGUUCGCCCAGCGUGCUGUCAUCCUGCAGUCGCGCGGUACCUCGUCGAAUGCCCCUGCGGACCCGCGGCGCAGGCAGCAGCAAGCGGCGUCGGCCGAUCCAAGCGACGCGAGCCUAGUGCUAUGCCCGACGAACCAUCCGUUCAUCAGCCCGCCGAAACUCGAACAGGAGGGCGCGAGGAUGGCCGAGUUCCUGCUGGGCAUGAUAUUCCAGACUCGGGACGUGGCGACCUUCACGGCGUUGGUGAACUCGUAUGCGGGGCUCGUGAAGCUGCGCCCUGGGUCCGUGCACACGGUCGUGAGCGCGCUCAAGGCGUGGACGCCGGCGUCGCUUCAGGAUGCGAGCGCGGGCGCCAUCAAAAGCGCGGAGAAGAGCGUCAGAAUACUAUUGAACCAUAUCAACAGAAACCCUGCCUACGCUGCCCUGCAUACCACUGUCUCGGAGGCGCUCUCCGCACAAGCCUCUCGCAUAGAAAAAGCCGCGCAGGAAGAGAAGAUGCGCCGCGCGGGCAAGCGCCCCGCCACCGACGCCGGGCGCCCUGAUGCGAAGAGGGCGAAGCUGGAGCCGGCACCUGCCGCGGUUCCUCCUGCGGAUGGCGCCCCUGGGCCGGCGUCCUUCCUCGCGGCCUUCGACUUCACGACGCUGCCAGCAUCGUUGAUCACGGAACUCGUGAUCGCGAACUUGGGCGCGUUCAGCGACCAGGCGCUCGCGGUGCUGGUGGCGAAGUAUAGGGCGGAGAAGGGGCUGGGUGGGCCUCCGCCGAUUGCCUCGCCGCAAGCCGUGCCCGCUGGUAGCUCGACGACGCCACCGGGGUCGCCGCCGCCUGCGCUGAAGGCGGCAUACGCGCAGGUGCGCGCGCAGUCGCAGCCGCCGAGGAAGGGGUCGACGCCGAUACCGACAGGCCCGAGGGCGGAGCGGAUGAAGGACCAGGACAGGGCGAAGGAGGAUGGCCGGGACAAAGAGGAGAAGGGAGAGGCUAACGCGCCGCGCCCGCCGCCAGAGCCAGUCGACCCGCUGGCGAUGGACCUUGACCAGAAUGAACUGGAGUUUGAGCCCGAUGCACUAAACAGGGAGUUAGGGCCGGGGAGGGAUGCAGAUGACGUCGCCGCGGCGGCUCCCCGGCGCGGCGCGCGCAGCCAGGAAGAUGCAGGGGACGUCAAUAUGGAGGUCAGCGAAGAUGAGGCGGAGGCGGAGGCCGCCGACAUCGACUUCGGCAGCAUAGUGGGCCCAGGCGGGGUAGCGCUCCCCGCGCCGCCACGGCUGGGUGAGGGAGAGAAGAUGGCGCUGGUGCGGGACGCGGUCGCGAGGGUGUGGGAUGGGGAUGGGUUGGUGGGCGGGACGGCGGGGCUGGAGGGCCCGGAGCUGUGGAUGUUGCUGCUGGUGAGGAUGGUGACGAGGGUGGCGGCGCCCCCGGUGGGGGAUGCGGGUAGUGGGGAGGUGAAGAAGGCUGAUGAAGCAGAUACUGAGGCGACGGGGAAGUCAGAGGAGCCUGAGGAACCACCGGCCGCAGAGGACGCAUCAGAGUCUGCGAAUUCUGCGGCUAAGGCGGAGGGCGAUGCUGCAAACGGCCAGGUAGUGACUGCUGCCGAUGUCGAGAAAUUCUACGAGCGGCAGGACGCGUUGCGGAAGACCCUGAGAGACUACAUUGUGGCGGACUUCUCCGGAAGACUAUCGUUAGCGACAACAUGGAUGAACGAGGAGUGGUACAACGACCAGAUACACUUGCAGUUCAUGAAGGACGAGCGAUGGCGGCCGAACUACGACAUAUGGCUUGCUCAGCUUGUGGCCGCGUACGAAACCAUGCUGGACGAUGGUCGGCCGGAGGCAGGGACGCAGCGGUCGUUCGCCAAGUUCCUCCUCGACCUGCCUGCUGUGCCACCCGAUGUGAUGGACUUGCUCAGAGACUUGUGCAUUGAAGGCGGAAGCCCAAAUCGCGUGGCGGUCGGUUUCCAGACAUUGCGCGGCUUCGUGAUACAGCGACCCUCAUUGCGAACCGAGGCUCUGACUGUGCUGCUCGAGCUCACCACUCAUCCAGAACGCAAGACACGCGGUCCCGCCAUCAACACCGUGAAACUCUGGGUGCCCGCCGUCCAUCCUAUGAACAGCAUCGUUCAGAGCUUCGCGCUCGCGGUCAUGCGGAGGCUGACGAGGCGGGAGGAGCCGAAGGUCAACGGUACACCAUCUGCCGAUGUUGAGAUGCAGUCUUCAGACACUACGCAAACCAACGGCACCUCGUUCGCGGAGGGAGCGCUUCGAGCCGAUGCACCGUCCUCAGAGCAGGCACCAGCCGGUACCCGAGCAGGAGAUGAUGCUCAAGGGGGCGAGAUCACCCAGGACAGCAACAUGGACGGCGUCGAGGAGGGAGAGGAACACGAGGAGCCCGUGCAGACGCCGUAUCUGCCAGAACGUGUUACAGGCGAGGGGCCAGAGGCGAAGCCGCAAGUGCUGCAGCACGUUGAGCUCCUGUUCGCGCUGUCCGUGAAGGUACCGGAGCUGCUCGACGAAAUCUUCGACGCCUACGGCCAAAUGGACCCCGCCGUCCAAAACGUCGUCCAGGAGCUGAUCACCCCCCUCAUCCGCUCCCUCGGGCCCUCGCACUCGCGCCUGCUGACGCUCCUGCGCACCUUCCCGCCGCACGCUGAGGGCCUCGCGCUUCGCGUCCUGUCGAUCUUCACCGAGAACGGCCGGCCGAGUCCGCAACUGGUGGCCAUCGUCAAGGGCCUCGUUGCGGAGCGGCAGGAUCUGCGCGAGGGCGCGCUGGCCGCGCGCUUCUUGAUCCCGGUCAUUGGCGAGAUGGACAAGGCCGAGAUCAUACGCUAUCUCCCGCGGAUCGUGUCCGUGCUGGAUGGCAAAGCGGAGUCGAAGGCGCUGGUGAAGUCCGUGUUUAGCUCGAUUGUGGCCCAGCCGCCGCAGACGUUUGGGAUGGUGUCGUCGAAUGUACCAAGGGUCCGCCACAACGAAAUGCUCACGCCCGCGGAGCUGAUGGUCCUGCUGCACGACUCCGAGAAGGACAUUGGGCUGCAGAGUGCUAAAGAAGCCAUCACCAUCUGCUUUUCUAUGACGGAUAUCUACCGAUCUGAGGUCCUCGCGGUCGUCAUCCAGCAAAUUAUGGACGAGCCUGUGCUGCCCGUACUCUUCCUGCGCACCGUUAUCCAGGCGGUGACGACGUAUAAGACCUUGGUCCCGUUCGUGGCGACGACUUUGUUGAGCAGGCUGAUUACGAAGAAAAUAUGGACGAAUGCGCCGCUAUGGGAGGGGUUUGUGAGGUGUGCGAAGGUCACUGCACCUAUCUCUUUUGGCGCGCUCCUGCAGCUGCCGAAGGACCAGCUGCGCGAGCUUGUGGGCAAGCAGCCGAGCUUGAAGGCCGGGCUCAGGGACUACGUGACGAAGAAGGCGACGAAUAAGGCGAGGGUGGCGGGUUUCUUGGAUAUCUUUGGGGAGGGGUCUGAGGGUUCAAGCGGGUCUGCGGCGAAUGGGAAUGGGAGCGUGACGAGUGGGAAUGGGAAUCUAGUGCAGUCCGGGCCGCCGACGCCUAGUACGCCAGCCGGACCACCGGAGACGCCAACAGGGCUGGUGGGGUCUACGAACGGGACACCAUCGGCGUCUGCAACGGCGGAGGGAACCCCAGUGCCUCUGACGCCGCUUACACCGACGAUGACGCCGCAGAUGGAGGGUGUCGAGUCAACUUCUUGAUGUCAGAUAUGCAUGAUAUAUAUGCAAUGGGUGCGAUGCCCUGGGAGCUUGGAAGCCUCUCACCUGCGAAUUGACUACAGUAUGAGGGAUGUCAGCCCAUAGGGGAGGUGGCAAUAUAUGCAAUGAUGUCGAUGAGUACAGUAUACAUUCAUGGGUGUCUGGAAUUACGAGCGUGGAUGUGUUAGCUAACUGAAAUAUUCCAUACUUACAUAAGGAUAACGGCAGAUGCAUUUGCACUGUCCAUCGGUU